AUGGAAGGAAGGAAAUGUGACGCGGUGGUUGCUGCUGCAUCCUCACCGCCAUGGAUGAAUCUUCCGAGAGAUGUAACCGCCAAUAUCCUACAGAGGCUGGGGGAAGAGGAGCUGCUGCGCAGCGCGCUGCUAGUGUGCUCUAGCUGGUGGAGGAUCAGCAAGGAUCCAGCCUUGUGGCGAGUGCUCAUUUUCUCAAACCCUGAUAAACAGAAUUGGCUGUACGAUUACGAUCUCAUGUGCCGCUGCGCAGUGGAUCGCAGCAUGCGUGCAUGUUGGUCGACCUGUACCGUGCAGUACCACGGCUUCGACAUCAACUACAUCAGCCAAUCGGAUUGGAGUUUGCUUUACCUUAGCAGGAUUCGUCAUAGCAAGAGUUUGCCCAGUUUGAACUGCGAGUUCGUGCCAUUGGAAGGCGAUGAAUAUGAGAGUUUGGAAUUCUACCGGAAUCUGUGUGCUCUUGCAAUCAGCGUCAGCAUGCCUAAUCUGCAGCAUCUCCAACUCUUUGCACAUUGGAUUGAAGACGAAGGGCUUGAAGACAUCCUUGACGGCUGCCCACACCUUGAAUCACUUGAUGUCCGGCAAUGCUUUGUUCUCCUUCUUGAAGGAGAUUUGGAGAAGAGAUGCCGCCAGACGAUCAAACAUCUUAAACUCCCUAAUGACCCCGUCAGUGAUAGUGAUGUUCCGUGGCCUAACUGCGAUGGCUGCAAUAUGUUUGGUGUUGAUGCCUAUUCUGAAGUAUACGUAUACAAAUAUUAUGAAGACUCAGAAGCUUAUCAUCGUGAAUACGAAGAAGACGAGUUCUCAGACUAG